AUGUACUCUCCGAGCUAUCUUGCUUCGGCAGAUGUGCGUAUUUGUGGGCCGGCGUAUACGGUCAAGAUGGUAUCGCAGCAGGAUACCGAAGCGCCGAAGCCGGGGCGACACUUUGUGGAUGCGGCCGAGGCGUAUCCGGGGCAUGUGAUGGUGGUGACGGCGCCUUCGUUGACGCGAUCUGCCGUGUGGGGUGGGUUGAUGACAGCGCGAGCGCAGCAACUUGAUCUCAAAGGCGUUGUGCUCGACGCAAGGUGCAGGGAUCUUGUCGAACACAGAGACGCCAACUUUGCCGUGUUUGCAAGAGGCCAUUCGACCCAGGGCCAAAGCCCGUUCACUAGGCCAUCCGAGCUCCAAGUGCCCAUCACCAUCUCGGAUCCAUCGACCCAAGACGCAAAACAUGAAGAUGCAGUCAGGAACCCCAAGACGCCAAGCGUCACAGUCAGUCCAGGUGACUUUGUGCUCGCCGAUAUCGACGGUGUCAUGAUCGUACCGCCGAGCGUGGCAGAAGACGUGAUCAGCUUGGCUGAAAAGGGUAGACGCGAAGACGAAAAGUGCAUGUACGACAUCAAGGCCGGCAUGCCUGUCAAGGACGCUUUUGCUAAGAACCGCACCAAGUAG